AGUAUAUCUACAACCCAGCAGCUUUCUCUCACUGCCCCUCCCCUCUUCCACCAUCCACAAUAAAUACCAGCAUCUCAGAGCCGCCUAGCAGCUCAUUACCUCGUCCGCCACCAGAGCAGUAUCGGUACAAGCUACCCAAUAGACUACCCAUAGACUUGCUCUCCCCUGGUGUGCAAGCCACUCUGCCGCAUUCUGUGGUCAUCCCGCGCAUAGACACCGAACAUGUCCGAGGUGUCCCCACAGUCCCAAUAUGGUGGAGAACCGGACAAGCCAACAACAAAAUCGAGCUCCUGGCUACGAAAUCUUUCGCGGUCCAACCUUGCUGCUCUCAUCUUGUUUUACGUCGCCUCCCUUCACGUCAUUGGGUUGUACGUCUUCACGCAAGGGUUUCUCCUUUCCCGCUUGGCUAUCCCCCAUGUCUCUCCCGCCUAUAACGUAUCUAACCCCUCCCCCAUAUCCGCUACCCACUCUAAAGCGGUCAUCAUUGUCAUUGACGCUCUUCGUACCGACUUUAUCUCCCCGUACCACCCUCAACCGCCUUCACCCCAUCAUCAUGGUGUCCUCUCCCUGCCUGCCGAGCUCACACAGAGUCGACCGGAACACUCCCUCAUUUUCAACUCCUUUUCUGACCCCCCUACCUCUACUAUGCAGCGCAUCAAAGGUAUUACCACCGGGUCGUUACCUACAUUCAUCGAUAUCGGCUCAAACUUUGCGUCAGCUGCCAUUGAAGAGGAUUCGCUCGUCUCUCAGCUCGUAGCGGCGAACAAGAGGGUUGGGUUUAUGGGUGAUGACACUUGGAUGAACCUCUUUCCUUCUUCUUUCCAUCCGAACAUGUCCCAUCCGUACGAUUCCUUCAAUGUUGAGGAUUUACACACUGUUGAUAACAGCGUCAUCACCCAUCUUUUCCCUUACCUCCAUCCUUCCAACCAAUCUCAGUGGGACGUCCUUAUCGGUCAUUUCCUGGGCGUAGAUCAUGUUGGUCAUCGUGUGGGGCCUCAUAGGGAUACUAUGACCGAGAAACUUACUCAGAUGAACGAAGUGCUGGAAAAGGUUGUGGAUCUGAUUGAUGAAGAGACUCUUCUUGUCGUUCUCGGUGACCACGGGAUGGACGAUAAGGGUAACCACGGCGGUGACUCGGAGAUGGAGACCUCAUCUGCUCUUUGGCUCUAUUCCAAAGGCCCUAUGCUAACCAAUCCCGCGGUCGUCCAAGACAAAGACACCUCUGCCAUUUUUAAAUCUUUGCCUACCUACAUUUUCCCGAAAUCCACCAUGCCUCUCAGGCAGAUUAACCAAAUCGAUAUUGUUCCUACUCUCGCACUUUUGCUCGGCGUCCCUAUCCCUUAUAACAACCUUGGGUCAGUCAUCCCCGAGUGUUUCACAAAUAAUCUGGAAACUUUGGAGGUGGCGCAAAGGGUGACUGCAGACGGUAUAUGGAGAUACGUCGAAGCGUACGGAGACAAGGAAGUCAAGGAAAACUUGAACAGCGCUUGGCGUCACGCCCAAUCCCAAUAUCAAAAGGACAACCUGUCCGCCUCCAUCAUCGCUCAUCGUGCUUUCUCCCUCGACGCUCUCGUCCACCUCCGAUCACUCUGGGCUCAAUUCUCCAUGCCUCUCAUCGUCAUUGGUUCUCUCAUCCUCGGCCUUUGCGCGCUUACCCUCAUCGCACUUUACGUCGGUGUGCGUAACAAUGGUGUGAAUUGGGACGUUUAUGCGCGAUUGGCUUUGGAAACGGCUACGAUGGGAUCCACUGUCCUCGCGAGUAUUGCAGGAACCGUAGCCGGGGUGUACACCGCCCGGCCUAUCGUGGCUAUCAAAGUUUUCAUCGUUGCCGCAGCCUUGAUCUCCGAGGUAAUCCUCAUCCUUCCCCUAUUCGUCAAAUCCUCUCUCUCUCUCGCUCUCCCUCUCCCGACUUCAUUCUCCAUCAACAGACAUAUCGGCCCCUUCAUUCUUAUUGUCCAUGCGUUGUCAUUCGCUUCCAAUUCAUUCAUCAUGUGGGAAGACCGGGUGGUUCUCUAUCUCAUAUCUACUAUCCCUAUCAUCUAUAUCAUCCGAGCACUUUCCGCUCCUACAGCCGAUAUGCGUCUCAAAAUCAUCUUCCUCUCUCUCGCUUUCACCAUCCUCUCUCGUCUGGCUGGAACGAUCACCAUAUGCAGGGAAGAACAACAGCCAUACUGCAGCGUCACUUUCUUCUCAGGCGUGACCGCUACCGCCCCUACAUGGGCACUCAUCGCUAUAGUCCCGCUUGCCCUCCAAAUCCCUCGUGCCAUCGGUAUCACCCUCUCCCGCUCCAAAUCCCUCGCUGGGCCUGCACCUUUUAUACUCGGUAUCCUUUGGCGUGCCGUGCUCGUCGCCAACUCUGUCUACUGGGUCCUCGAGUUUUUCGAAUCGUUCGACGGGCUCAAUCCUGCCCGAAUACCGCUGGUCAAUUUCCUCAAACUCUGGCUCGCUCGAUGUUCUGCAGGCGCGAGUUUAGGUGCUAUCCCAUAUGUAUGGCUCACUUCCCCCCUGUGUAUCUCUGUAGAACGCACGACGGAUCAAGCGACGGGUGAAGAAGAAGUGACAGUGUUUGGGUUCGCCAAUGCCUUUGGGUCGACGUACAUCCUGUAUACACUCGCUCCUUUUGCGCUCAUACAUCUAGUGUCGCAGCCAAUGGCCCAGUUCACACUGACCGCCUUUCUUAUUGGGCUUCUUGUAUACCUCGAAUUGGUCGAUACGAGACGGGACGCCAUCAUCCUUACAACAUCCUUUGCUUCCUUGGGCAACAACAAGAACAACAACAACGCUUCUUCACCAGCGGGACUUGCCUCAUUUGACCCGGCUGAUACAGCGCAAACCAUCGUACGCCCCUCAUUCACAGAUGUAGUCCCCAUCGCUCUAUCUGGGUUCCUCACAUUCUUUGCGACAGGACAUCAAGCCGUCAUCUCAUCAAUUCAAUGGAAAUCUGCUUUUGUAGGCUUCUCCACUGCCAGCUACCUGUUCUCCCCUGUACUCGUCGUCCUCAACACAUGGGGAGGCUUCUUCUUGUCAGCGAUCGCUGUGCCUCUUUUGGCGAUUUGGAAUAUCGCCCCCAGACCACGAGAGAGUAUCCCAACCCUCGCGCAUGCUUUGCAAGUGACGUUGGCGUUCUUGGUGUACCACACCGUGGUCGCGUUCGCCAGUGCAAUCACAGCUGCCUGGUUGAGAAGGCAUUUGAUGGUGUGGAAGGUGUUUGCACCAAGAUUUAUGAUGGCAGGCGUCACGUUGUUGGUUGUGGAUGUAGGGUUGGCGCUGGGAUUGUUUGGAGUGAGAGUGACCGGGUGGAAGGUCAAAAAGACGUUUGGAUGCGAGAGUAUAUAAGAAUCAAACGAGGAGAAUAAUGAAGAAGUUGGCGGUACAUCCAAAUCAAAAGUUGACAGGAAGUUACGAAGUUACGACGUCA